UCGUUCUUCCGCAGCCUUCCUCCGGUCCUCUUUCUCUACCUUUCGCUCGCCAUCCUUUCUCUUGCAGCCGCUCCAAAUCCACCAUUUCUGCUCUUCUUCUGGCAUCCUUAUAUACCACCAACCACACUCAUGGCCUGCCUAUCACCCUUACCCCGAAAAAGAAGAACUUUACAACGUGCAGAGGACUGGGCUUCACUGCCUCAUUUAGGUGUCGGUGCCGCCGUGAUUACCGAUUAGGUCCUCGGCAGACUGGGAUUCCAGGAGAAUGAAGAAGAAUAAGGUAAGGAGCAGUUCGAGCACGGCCUUCUCCCAAUUCCGAAGCUCAUCUUCACCGACGGCAUGCAAACCCUAGCCCCGAUCAAGGACAAACUCUUGUCGCUCUGUGCCGACUCUGCUCACCGUGUCAACUCGCAAUCCAUUUCCGAGACGCUUCAGAUCUCGCCUGGCCACACGCGCCUUGUGCUCAAAACCGUUGCUACCGUCCUGCACUCCGAAUCGGAUCCCCUCGCCACCGCCAAUCCCGCCGAGGUUGAUUCCGUCGGCGUGAAUGUUUUCGAUUUGGUGGUGUUUCUGUACAUUCAGAGUUAUAAGAGGCCCCUUCCCAAGGGGCAUAAGGACUCCGCUGCAGUCGCAGAUGUUUGGCCAUCCACUUCUGCGUUCGAUGGCUUCUUAUCUGCCCUUUCGCCACUGCAAUUUGCUUUCUACAGUAUGUGGUCUUUGGACAUAGCAUGCUUAACCUAUGGACAGAUCAAGGAUCACUCUUAGGCAUUGAUGCACUUCUUGGUUGCCCUUUACACCUCCCUAUCUCUAAGGUGAAUUAAUUUUAUAGCAUUUUAUUUUGACUUUAUCUUUCCAGUAUACUUUCAUCUAGAUGAAAAUAAUAAUUUUGUGACAGUGGAUUUCUUACACUUUCUAAUUGUGUAACAGUGUAUUUCUUCCUCCUGCUUGGUGUGUAUAAAUGUAUUGGCUGUGAUUGGAUACAUACACAAACAUACAUUUGUACUUUUAGUGUUCUCUCUCCCCCUUCCCCAAAACAAAUGAGAAACACAAAUAUAUAUCCAAAUCUCACUGCGUAAAUAUUCAAAAUGGGUUUGUGCACAAUAAAAUGCUCACAAUUAACAUAAUUCUAAAUGUAAUAUAGCUUUGAAAUGAUAAAAAAUGAAAGUAUUCAUAAAUCACCUUUUGUUUAUUCUCUUGUGCUUCAAUGUAAAUGUGGUGUUUCACCAAAAUUCAGUUUCAAAAGUAUAUAAUUAUUACCUUUUAACAUGCUUGUUUUUGCUCACACGACUUCUGAAACUAAAUAUUACAUUGGUAAAUACUACUCUGGUACCUUAUUAGUGAAGAGAACUUGUCACAUGCCAAAACUGAAAUUAGAUUUACAUGUUUUAUCAUUAGUCAAUAUCUUCUAAAAAUGUACCUAGAAACUUACUUGUUUGUGUUUUUUUGCUAUUAUGAUAAUACUCUGAUCUUGGUUUCAGGUGUCAAUAUGAGAACCUUGGUAUGCUGCUGAUUCCCUUAACAAAGGGGUUCUAACAUUUUUUCUGUGCAAGCUUUGCCACUCACAGUUAUCCUUUUUUCCUGUAAAAACAAAUUAGCAUCACUGUAAAUAUUAAAUAGGAUGAAGUUUCGUGAGAUAGAGCUCACCUCUUGUUUCUUGAUCUUUCACUUCUGCUUCAGUGUAAAUGUGGGGUUUCACUAUGAAACAUCUAGUAUUUAUAGUCACUUUCUCAUGAAAAUUCAAUUUCAAAAAUAUGUAAUCAUUAGCUUGCUUGUGCUGGGCAUAACUUGGAAAAUUAAACAUUGCAUUGGUAAAUAAUAUUUAUUACCUGUCAA